AUGAUACGUAGAGGGGCUUUCGAUUGUAUUGAUGAAGCAGCCGUAGCCACAGUGGUACGAUCAAAUGUUCUCAGUCCGUCUUUUGCCGUCUAUAAUGACAGCAAAAACGGACAUGUGCAUAUUGUUGCCCGAACUCCGGGACUUUCAUCAAAGGAAGAUCUCGAAAUUUCCGUUGGCAACGACGAUUGUCAAAUAACCGUGACAGGAAAGCUUCAACAUAUCAGAGUACCGGGGACCAUUCUUAUUGACAACAUCCCGGAAAACAUGUUCGAAUUUAAAGUAGAUUCUCCGGACAAAAUUGACGCGAAUGCCGAGGCCAAAGUCGAAAUUUCCAAUGGAUUGGCUUUGAUCUCCCUCAAGACAAGGCCUAUCGAAUGUGCACUAAUUCCAAAUUCCAUCCAAUCAUUGAUAGAGUCAUACGAUCCAACAAUCGAAGAUUCGUACCGAAAGCAGGAGAUUGUGGACGAUGUGCCUUGUAUUAUGGAAGUUUUGGAUUUUUCUGGACAAGGAGAGUACACAUCACUGGAUCAGUGGAUGAGAAACGGGGAUGGAUUCCUUUUUAUCUACUCCACGUCGUCCAGGUUAACCUUUGAUAAGAUCGAAGGGUUCGUUGGCCAGGUGACAAAGGUUAUGGAUUAUGGUAAAUCUCCAAUGCUACUGGUUGGAAAUGACAUCGACAAGGACGAACGGGAGGUUACCACUGAAGAAGGCCUUCGGAUGGCAACAAGAUUGGGAUGUGAGUUCAUCGAGGCAUCGACGAAGACACAUGUGAACGUGGAAAAUGCGUUUCACACGAUCGUCAGAAUGAUAAGAAAUCGGGAGAGUGUACCAAGGACCACGAAAAGGCGACGAAAUUCAUGUCUUAAGAAGUUUACAUCGUUGCUUACGCAAGAACACCCAUUGGAGGAUUUAAUGGUUCGCUGGCAUCUUUCAGCGCCACGAAACUUGGGUCGAUUGCAAUUGAAGAGCAACGAUCAUUCUCUUCGUCUCCCUUUAAUAGCUGCUCUGAAAAAGGCAAAUGUCGAUCCUAACAAGGUCGACGAGGUAUUUUUUGGAAACGUUCUGUCCGCCAAUCUGGGUCAAAAUCCGGCUCGUCAGGCAGCACUGGGUGCAGGGCUUCCUGAUACCGUGAUUGCGACGACUGUUAACAAAGUUUGCGCGUCGGCCAUGAAGGCUGUUAUAUUGGGCGCUCAAACAAUUCUCACUGGUCACGCCGAUAUUGUAGUUGCCGGCGGCUGCGAGUCGAUGACCAACACCCCUUAUUAUGUUCCCAAAGCUAGGUUCGGAUAUAAGUAUGGUGACCAAACGCUUGUGGAUGGGAUUGUCAAAGAUGGUCUCACCGAUGUAUACAACAAUUAUCUUAUGGGAAUGGCUGCCGAAGAAUGUGCCGUCGACCAUAAAAUUAGUCGCCAAGAACAAGAUGACUUUGCCAUCUCUUCGUAUCAACGUGCUCAAGCAGCGUAUGCCGAUGGACAUUACGCCGACGAAAUUACUCCCGUCAUUGUCCCUGGAGGAAAAGGGAAACCUGACAAGGUUAUCACUCAAGACGACGAAAUCACUAAUCUCAACGCCGAAAAAUUGAGAACCAUACGUCCCGUUUUCAAGUCUGAGAACGGAACCGUCACUGCUCCUAACUCCUCCCCCUUAAGCGAUGGUGCCUCAGCUAUCGUUCUGAUCAGCUCAGUAAAGUUGCAUGAAUUGGGACUUCAACCCAUUGCCAAAAUUUCAGGAUGGGCAGACGCUGCUCAGGCACCAUCUAAAUUCACCACAGCUCCAUCCCUUGCUAUUCCCAAGGCAUUAAAGAAUGCUGGAAACAUACCGAUUUCACAAGUUGAUUAUUUUGAAAUCAACGAGGCUUUCUCGGUGGUGGCGGUUGCAAACACCAAGCUGCUCGGGUUGCCCAAAGAAAAGGUGAAUGUGUUUGGAGGUGCAGUAGCCAUGGGUCAUCCAUUGGGAUGUUCGGGAGCAAGAAUUAUUUGUACACUGAUUAAUGUGUUGAAGAGGAAGAAUGGAAAGGUCGGGGUGGCAGGUGUUUGCAAUGGAGGUGGCGGAGCUAGUGCCAUCGUUAUCUCGCUCGUGGAAUAG